AUGAGCGACUUCUACGUCCGCUACUACACCGGCCAUCAGGGCAAGCACGGGCAUGAGUUUCUCGAAUUCGAGUACUCGCGGGGACGGCUCCGGUAUGCCAACAACUCAAACUACCGCAACGACAGCCUGAUCCGCAAGGAGAUGUGGGUCAGCCCCAUCCUGAUCGAGCAGAUCCGGGAAAUUGUGAGCGAGAGCGAAAUCAUGAGGGAAGACGACGCAAAGUGGCCAAAGAAGAACGUCGUUGGUCGGCAAGAGCUCGAGAUUCGGUUGGGCAACGAGCAUAUUUCUUUCGAGACGGCAAAGAUCAACUCGCUCGUCGACAUCCAAGAUAGCGAGGAUCCAGAAGGGCUGCGGGUGUUCUACUACCUCAUCCAGGACCUCAAGUCGCUCAUCUUCAGCCUCAUCAACCUGCACUUCAAGGUGAGACGAACCCCGGUGCACUAUUAG